UGCAAACGUCCAAUCUACCAGUCAUCGACGACGCUUGAAUACAGCAAUUACAUCUUUCCACGAAACCGCGCACAACAGCAUUCGCAACUGAAAGGGCACGGGCGACAUCGAACAGCUUCGAAAGCAGUGCGAUUGAAAGAGAGGCAAUAUGGAGAACGAGAAGAUCUCGGACUUCCUCCAGGAGCAGAGAGAUGAGGCGCCUGAAGACUUGCAGCACUUCUUCUUGAGCUUCGAGGACUUUUGGGAGCGCAAGCUAUGGCACGAGUUGACCGACAUUCUCGUCACCUUCUACGCAGAGCCACAGAGCAAGAAGCAGCGGUUACCCAUCUACAACAACUUCAUCAAGAGCUUUGCGGACAAGAUCAACCAGUUGAAGCUGGUACGGAUAGGUCUGAGCACAGCACAUCAGUGCAAAGACGACCAAGAACGCCUCACCUUCCUCAAAGCCCUCGCCAAACGUGUCGAUAAGCCGUCGUCAAGAGACGCAUAUGCCUAUGCCCUGACCUCUGUCGCCAACAUCCAAGUUGAUCUCAAGCAGAUUCCGGAAGCACGCAAAGACCUCGAUGAAUGCGAGGCCAUCCUCGACACGUUCGAUUCCGUGGAAACAGAAGUUCACGCCAACUUCUACCUCGUCAGCGCCAAAUACUAUCAACUUCAACAUGAGUUUGCCAAGUACUACCGUACUGCUCUACUCUAUCUCGCAUGUGUCGAUUUGAAGGACAUUUCCGAGACGGACAGGCAACGCAUCGCCUACGACCUUUCAAUCGCCGCACUCAUCAGCGACAACAUCUACAACUUCGGCGAGCUACUACUGCAUCCAAUCCUCGACAGUCUCACCAAGACCGAUCAUGCCUGGCUGCGGGACUUGCUGUUCGCCUUCAACCGCGGCGACCUCAAAGCAUACACCAUUCUCCAGCAGCAUCUCGAUGCGAACGAGCUCUUUGCCCAGCACCAGCAUUUCCUCUACCAGAAGAUCUCCCUCUCCGCGCUGACGCAGCUCGUCUUCUCCCGACCACCGCAAGAUCGCAGCAUGACCUUCACCACUAUCAGCGAAGAGACGAAAGUGAACUUGGACGAGAUUGAACACUUGAUCAUGAAGGCAUUGAGCUUGGGUUUGAUUCGGGGAAGCAUCGAUCAGGUGACAGAGGUGGCACGGAUAUCGUGGGUGCAGCCAAAGGUCCUGGACCGCAACGGCAUCGAGGGCAUGCACACACGUCUGCGUGAGUGGGAUGGUGGUGUGGAGCGCCUGGGCAACUGGAUCGAGGGCGUCGGACAGGACGUUUGGGCUUCUUAG